AUGUCAUUAACAUUUUCUCAUUUAUGCAAUCAGAUUGCUGCUGCAUCGAUUUUCUCGUCACCUUACGAUGUACCAAAGAAACCUCUUAGUGCCUUACUUAAUGAAAUGACACAUUAUGUUGCCAUACAAGCAAAAUCAAGCAGUGAAGAUGAAGCGAUCAUUUUUGGAUUACAACUUCUUCUUUUGAGUGAUGUGGAACGUGUUCGAGCUGCGUCGAUUCGUGCGCUUCGCUAUUCGAUUCAUCGAGAAAUGAUUCUUGAGAAAUUUCUGCAGUAUCGUUUAGAUUAUUUGAUUUGUCGUUCAUUGGCAAUCGAUCAUGGAAAUGCUCGUGAACGGUUCGAAUCUUAUAAAUUUAUUCGUCGUUUUCUUCAUUUGUAUCCGAAACAAAUCCCACAUUCAUUUAUUUAUAUUCUCGAUUCAAUUGUUCUAUCCAGUACCACAACAACAACAGCAACAACCAAACAAUCGGAUCAAAUGAUCAAGACUUCCUUAGAAUUGUUAUGCGAAAUCGCUCUUCACAAUCCUCAUAUUUUACAAGAAUGUCACGUAAUCAAUACCAUGUUGAAAUUCAUCGUUGAUUUCGAACAAGACGAAUUAAUCGAAAGUGUCAUUUACGCUUUGUUACAUUCCAUAGAACGUUUUACAAUUAAUGACAACAGCGAACCAACAAUUGUCGAUGCAACUGAUCCCAACGGACCAUCGUUGAUUUUCGUAGAUGAAGGAAUGAGACAACGACAUGAAUUUGUUAGAAAUAUGUUCUCGCAAUUGGUUGCGGUAUUUCCAUUAUGUGAAAAGGGAAACGUGAAAAGUACGGAUCGUCGUGGAAUGACACCAGCAGCAUAUCAGAAUUUAACAGUGAAAGAUGCAGGAAAAUUGAAAACUUUGAAAUCAUGUACAACCGCAUUGGUGACAAUUCUGCACAGUUGGAUUGGUUUUACAGCAUUCUGUCAAUCAAAAAAUUCGUCAGUUCGUUUACUGGUCAAUUCGCUCAUUGCUCAAUCCGAACCAAUGAAGAUGGCACUGCUCGAUCUCCUGUAUGAUCUACUCAAUCUUGAUACUCCAGCACCAUGUGAUAGUUACGUAGCUGCACUCCAAUCUAUAUAUCCAGUAUGGAAUUUAACGACAGUCGAAGAAGGUUAUACUUAUGUUGCGAGCGAAGGAGCGGCAAAAAUACCUCGAAUAUCAUCAACAAGACCAAACUUACUCGAUAGUCAUAUGGCUUUGAUGCUUCUGACAUUCAUUGAUGCUGGUUUUCUUGAAGCUAUUACAGAGGUUGCAUCAUGCGAUAAUACAAUCUUAUCCAUUCGUGCUACACUUCUUCUCGCAAAUUUCAUUUGGCUGUGUAACGAGCAUCUUCCUGAAGAGCAGAGUUUUCUUCUUUUACCUCUGCUUAUGGACAUUGCGAUAGCGGAUGAUAACAGUCUUAAACGAAGUUUUGCUAAGGAAUCCAUGCUUCAUAUCAAUACAUUCUUUGAAUUUAAUAAACGAACAUGUUGUACACAUUCAUUCCAAUUAGCACAGUUGAUUUAUCAUUCUCAACAUUUCAAGGAUUAUUUUACUCUACCACAGAAUGUAAUUAUCGAAUCGACACGAAAAAAGUCGGGUGGAGUUUCAGAUGAUCCUUUAGCUGCGGAACGAAUUGAUAAUCUAAUUGGUGAAACGAAUACUUUGCAGAAAGAUGAUUAUAAGAAAUGGAAUUGGGAUCUUAUUCUAGCUUUGUUGAAGGAUUUUCCGAAAAUUUCCAACCAAAUCCAAGGUGAUCUCUAUGAAAGAUUCUUGGAUAAGUUAUACGAUUUUUUUAAACCGGAACAAAAAGGUGGUUUUCGAAAUAUUCAGUUAAUUGAUCCCUUAUCAGAUGUGACUUGUCGGUGUUUAAUCGCUUUUUCUGAUCUUUUACUCUACCCAUCACGAAUAUCCUCCAAUCAUAUUAAGUACAUCGCAAGUAACAUUGCUCGAGCAUUGCUGAUGAGCAUCAGUAAUGCACUGACACAAUCAAUUCUUGCAAUGAGAGAAGGAGUUGGCCAAGCGCUGAUUAUGGACCAUGAUUUGUUAUCGAGGAAUGCAGUUUAUUACUACUUAUUCCUCGGACGGUUAAGUAAGACAUCGUUCGGAACUGAAGUUCUAGCUGAAGCAGAGGUAUUCCUUCGUCUACUGGAUAUGUUAAAAAUGGAUGAUGACUUUGCCACAUCGGCGAUCGUCGCUUUGUCAUCGUUCAAUUAUUACUACGAAGGACCCUGUCGUCAUUAUCUUUCUCAAGCACUUCAAUCAUCGUGUACAGCACUUCGUUUGUAUAGCACGAGCCUUCUUCGUGUGAUUCUACGUUGCAAUCCAGUGGCAUUUGGUCAAUGGGGUUUGAACCUUCUAACUUCACAAUUAAACGACACAGAUCAGAGUGUCGUUCUGGAAACAGUAUCGGUUCUUGACGAAGCUCUCGAAGAUAAAAGAUUGGUCUAUUUGUAUCAUAAACAAUGGGAUGCAUUGGAAUCGUUGAGUAAUAAAAGUGCCUAUUUAAAUAAGAUUUAUCAUUUACUUUCGGCGCGUUUCUCUUCAAUUCCGUUCCAUCAGAUUCAAUCGAAUGACAAACACUUAGCAAGGGUUCGUGAAGAACUUUACUACUGGGACCAAGUCUUUAACAGUGAUUAUGUGGUUUUUAUGGAAACAAGAUUAUUCGGUGCGUACUCCGGUGGCGCUUUGCUGACCGAUGAUUAUUUCGAACGACGGAAAACUCCGACGACCGGAGGAAAAGUGAAACGGAAACGAAUUAACAUCCAUGUUUCAUCACAUAUUUACCGGCAACUAUGUCUUCACAACGAGGGAUUUCGUUUAUUGUGUACACAAUCGCGUUUAGAAGAUUAUGCGACGGAAUUGAAGCAGCAUCCAACAAAUUGUAUUAAUUUAGAAGAAACACGUGCAAUUAAAGAAGCAUUAUGGGCAUUAGCACAUACAGCAAGUACUGAAAAUGGUUAUACAUGGUUCAUGGAGAAAGAUUUAUUAGCAGAUUUCCUACGCUUUGCAGAAGAAUGUCAGAAUUUAUCUGUUCGAGGAACGGCAUUUUAUGGAUUAAGUUUAAUCGCUCAAACCCCCGAUGGUGCAAUGUCAUUGAAAGAUUUCGGUUGGGAAACUUAUCGUGUCCGUGCUCAUUCAAUUCCAUCGUCUGUUGCCAAUACUGAUAGUUACCAAUGUGCCGAACGACGUUUAACGAAAACAGGAACAAUAUCAUCGACGUCUAAAACGUUCGUCCAGCAACCGACGUUAACAUCAACUGAUAAUUUAACAAAGCAUAAUAUAAAUGAGCCAAGCACAGCUGAUAUUUCCGGCAGAUUUCGAUAUCUUCAAACCCAAGAUUCGAUGGUGCCCGAUGUUAAAUCAAAACGUUCAUUAACAAUGCCUUCAACUAUCCUACUGAAUUCAACUGAAAAGUCGGACAUUCGUUGUACUCCGAUUUCGGAAGAAAGUGGAUCGCCUCCUUCAACGAAGAUGACAGCAACUGUAUCAUUUCCUGAUGGCUUCACACCUGGUGAUGGUCCGCUAUUAGUUACCGUUCCUGUUCGUCGUUCAAGUGUAUCCAAAGAUUUAAUCAACCUCUCCAUCCAAAGCGACUCAAGUUUGAAUCCUGGUCGAACAAGUUCUUUUUCGGAAAUCGAUUCAACUCGUUCACCGUCCUUCGGACCAAAUUCAUAUUCAAAUCAGCCUUCAUCUACAACUGUGCAAUCAACGACAGAUAGUUUACCAUUAGAACGUCUUCGUCCUCGUUCCAAAUCCGCGCAUCAAUCGAACGCACUACGCCGUUCCAAGCAGUUGCAAAAGAUUCCUGAAGUUAUUCAAGCACUACGCGCACCGACUGCGACGAAUGAAGGAAGAGCAGAGUCAUCCGCAACUGAGGAACUCUAUCGAUCACGUUUAUUACGAUGUAAUUUUCUUUUAAAACUCGAUGCGGCUGGUUAUGAAUAUGCUAGACGUGUUCAAGAAAGAAGUCAUGCAGUCUACACAUAUUUAACAAAUACAAAUAACGAUCGCGAACAAGAUUCGAAUAUGAAUUACAUCUCGAUUAUUGGAAAGAAAAACGAACUUUUAUCACCGUUUUAUACAUAUCGAUCGAAAUUUUUUAAGAAAAUGUAUGAAACGCAUAGUGUUCGAAAUCAAAAUAUCGAUCAAUUUACAACCAGUGAUGGGAAAUAUUCGUUGGAACAGCGAGAUUUAGAUGAUGCAGAUGAAGACGGAAAUACCAUCUAUCGAGGUCUUGCUGUCCCCGUCGAUAUUCGACAAGUUGUUGAGAUAUCGGAUGGUUAUAAUUUAAAUUACGAAACGUGGUCUGAUCUUGUUCGUUCGCGUUCACGUGCAAAUACAAACGCUGACCAAACUCGGACACGCAGUGCGACAAAUGCAUCGAAUGGUUCCGGAGAAUUCGCACCAGCCACCUCUCCAUUGCCAACAAAUCCUUCACAUGAUCAAUCCAUUCCCAUAGCACAAUCGCUUUCACCCACAAUUCCAUCGAUAACAACACCGACCACGGUCACAACACCUAUUUGCAUGAUGUGCAAUAGUUCGUCGCAUGAAGAUCCAAAAACAGCAAUGCAAAAAGAUUUCAUCAAUAUAAAAUCUUUAUCCAGUCGUCUUAUCGUUAGUAUUCAUUCGGAAGAAGUUGAAAAGCAAUUAUUAAGUUUGAAAGAAAGUGAUCCAUAUAUGUUCGAUAACAUCUGUUUGUACUCAGAAGUUUGUCACAUAUUAUCAUUAAGCAAUGUGCGAAUAGCAGCUCAACGUUUUCUGCAUGAUUUGUUUUCGGAUUGUCAUUUUGAAAAGUUACGAAGAUGUCGACAUCAAGUCGAAGUUCUUCAAGAAGAAGAAGAUGAAUAA